UUGCGAUUGGCAGCACUGCUCGCUGGCCAAAGAGAAAGAGGUGCGGUGUUGCGUGACUGGUUGCGAGAAGAUCGAGAGAGCGUGUGUGUUUGUUGUGUUGUAGAGAUUUUUAAUUCUUCUUUCAUCGGGAAAUAAACCAGACCGUACGCUUCGAAGAGAAAAUGUCGUCGUACAUCCAGGUUGCCGAGGACGAGGGCGACGAGCCGAUAGAGCUACCGACCGAGGAUGAUAGCACACUCUUAUUGACCACCGUGACCGCCCAGUUUCCCGGAACGUGCGGACUGAAAUACCGCAAUCCCGAAUCACGGACGAUGCGUGGCAUCCGUCUCGUUGACGGACGACUUCAUCCGCCUGAAAGUGGAUGGGGCAAAGCGGUUUACUUUUGUGUUUUUCCAAAAGAGAACAAACGUAAAUCUGAUGACAAUUUGGAAAAUUCCACAGCUAAGACUAAAAGAAUGGAAACAAAGUUGCGUUGCACAGACUUGAUCGUACUUGGUUUACCGUGGAAAACUACCGAGCAGAACUUGCGUGAUUAUUUCGAAACAUUUGGAGAAGUACUCAUGGCUCAGGUAAAAAAAGAUGCAAAAUCUGGACAAAGCAAAGGAUUUGGAUUUAUUAGAUUUGGUAGUUAUGAAUCUCAAUUGAGAUGCCUCGCCCAACGACAUAUGAUAGAUGGUAGAUGGUGUGACGUCAAGGUUCCCAAUAGUAAGGAGGGAAUGAUUCAGCAAGUACCCUGCAAGGUAUUCGUGGGACGCUGUACAGAAGACCUAACCGCUGACGAUCUGCGCGACUAUUUCUCCAAAUACGGCGAAGUGACGGACGUGUUCAUCCCGAAACCAUUCCGUGCAUUUUCGUUUGUUACUUUCUUAGAUCCGGAGGUAGCGCAGUCCCUGUGCGGCGAAGAUCACAUAAUAAAGGGGGUGUCGGUGCAUGUGUCGAACGCCGCUCCCAAGUCCGAGGGGAACAAUAAGAAUUUCAAUAAUCAAGUGAACUCGAACAUGCGCCGAGGCGCGCCGGGCCCCGCCGAGAAUAACGUGCAGGGCAACUACCAGGUGGCGAGAUACGUGGGCCACUCAGGUAACAAUAUGGGCCCGAACGGAUGGAACAAUCCAGGGAACCGCGGGAACUUGGACAUGCCGAACCUCCAGGCAUUGGGCAUCACCGGGCAGAACAAUGGUGGCGGUGGGGGCGGCAGUAUGUCCAAUUCGUUGGCGAUGGCCGGGCUGAAUCUGUCCGCGCUGCCGGUGAAUCCAGCUCUGGUCGCCGCGCUGAACCAAGCAUCUUGGGGCUUGAUCGGUAACCUGCAGACGCCCGGGAACGAUCAGGGAUAUUCGAACCAGCCUGGCCCACCUGGUCAACAGCCGUCCGGCAACAACAGCAUUGGUAACAGUGGCAACUCUGGCUUUCUCAGUUGGAUGAAUCAGGGUGGCGGUGAUGGUAAUACAGGCAAUCCCGGAACAGGUGGACCAGGCCCGAAUAACCCGAACGCGUCCCAAGGUGCUUGGCAGAAUCAUCCUGGGCAGCGCGAGCAGAAGUCGAAUAACUUUCUCAAGUACGAGUAAGAAGGCUGCGCGACACGACGAUGACACGAUGCUGGUGUGUGUCGAUCACGAUGCCGUCGGGCCCUCCCCUAAGGCCAGCAGGAAGAAACCGGCGAAUCCGUUCCUUUGAUCCUGAUGCGUUCACUACCCGCCUUUAGCCGCCUCGGGAGAGUAGGGGAUCUGUCUGUCGCACGCCUCUUUUCUUUCUAGUAGGUACAAAUUACAUGAUUUGCAAACGGACACCGACACCACGCAACUUAUGCGACUAUGACGGUGACGACUACCACGUUGAUAUAACAUGAACCGAAUCCUCUGUUAAUGGAGGUCAGGGUUCAGCUAUAUCUACAGUCUCUCCGAGUCGCAACAAACGGAACACCUAACUAUCGUUGCUGGAUUUGGAACCUCGAGAAAGAUAUAUCCUGAGCUACAAGAUACAGAAAUAAUAAUCUUGAGCGAUUUGAAUUUACCUUGUAGCUUUUGUCUUGUGUGGGUAUACUCUUCCAGAUUCCGGAUUCCGACAGAAACAUUUUGGUGUUCCGUUUCUGAAGACCGGCACUGUACAUAUAUGCGUGUAUGCAUCUACAAGAAACAAAUCAAUUGCAACACUUUUCCUUUUGUUUAACGAUAUACAAUAUUUCAUACGAGAUCACGUUUACGAUUAAUUAGAUAGAACCGAGUACCUCUUCCUUUUUAUCUUUUGCACAUCACAACCUGUGUAUGUAUCCUUCUGAUAUAACUGUUUUUCUUCGUCUGUCUCGAGAUACCGGGUUUCACCUGUGCAGAAAGAAAAACCAGAUGUUAGUAUUACACAUACAUACGAUACCUUUUCUUCUCGCAGUGAGGGAACAUUUAGAUGCGGUCGUGCGUGUUUAGGGAACGGAUAGCUUCGAUCAUCUGAGCUCUGUGCAUACUAGAACUGUAUGAUCUCAUUUUCAAGCGUGCGGUCUAGCCAACUCAAAAGAUAAUAAAUAAUGUACUGAGAUGA